AUGAAGUCAACAGAGUAGAUGCACCAAGGUACUUCUAAGUCGUGUGCUGCGCAUGAUAUUUCUGUAAUAAGAACUAUCCUAUGUAAAGUAAUUGUUGUAAUGCAGCUUGUUCUUGCUCCGUAAGAAGCCAUCGAGAACACCUUAGAGUAUAGCCUGAACAUGAAGGAAAACGCACUGGGGGUCUCCCGUCGAAAAGGGUACCUUUUUCUUUUCGCAUCCUUGGCCGCCAUUUUCUCGCUUCACGGCACGCUUUUCCGAGUGACGCAAACGAAAGUGCCGAAUGCUUUCAUGGACGAAAUUUUUCAUGUUCCGCAAGCACAACGUUACACGAAGGACUGGCUAAAGGCUGAAUGGGACCCGAAAAUAACGACGCCAGCGGGAAUUUACAUUGUUGCAGCUGCUUUUCAUCGUCUGUUUAGUCCCUUCGCAAGCUUGGCCGCAUUUGAGAAUGUUUAUUUAUCACCAUCGAAGUUGGUCCAAUUGGUGGUUCUGGGCGCACAUGCUGAAGAACAAGAGUACGCAGUAGACCAAGUGCCACACGGAAGCCACCAGUCAACAAGGAAUAUUAUCAGUAUCAGUGCGGAGCAGGGGGAGGUUCCAUCAGUACACUUCUUACGUGGUCUCAACUCUUUCGUAGUGGGUCCGGUCUGUUUUUUACUGUGCGUCAUGAUCAUUCAAACCUUAGAGAAACGAGUCUAUCGGAAACCAAAAGGGCCAUCAGCAGCAGCAGCAAAAGCAGUGACAAAUAACAUUCACAAUUCAAUGGCGUUGUCAGUUCAGCUACGUGCUUGGCGCGCGCAUCUCCUUUUUCUGCAUUUCUUCUACUUUUUCUUGUUUUAUACCGAGCCUUUGUCGACGCUGUGUCUGCUGUCGAUGCUGUUGGUGCAUCUCCGCAGUUACCAUCGCGCGGCGGGACUGUGCGGCUGUUGCAGUCUGCUCAUGCGCCAACUUAACGUUAUUUGGGUCUUUGGUGUCGCUCUUGCGCAUCUGGUUCACAAACUGCGACAGUGCCAGAGAUCGAUAGCUACGGCAAAGAAGACCUCUACCACCUCCGGCACAUCCUCCUUGUUCAGAACGCUGAUCAUGUGUGCCAUUCGAAUCGCUAUUCUCGAUCUCGGAUUCCAUAUAGUCGCUGGAGCAGGUUUUCUGGCUUUUCUCAAGUGGAAUGACUACAAUAUAACGCUCGGCCACCAGGAGUUUCACGAGGUUUCACCCCACCUAGCAAUGAUUCUCUACCUUGGCGCUCUGGUGCCCCUACUCGGUUUCCUUCCCCGUGUUGUCACGCGUUGGUUCGUUAACGACCCGGAGGAUCAGACCCAAGACGUUCUUGAGCGGGAGCAAAAGGCGAAAAGAUUAGAUAGCAUGUCAUCCGCGAAAACUACAACAGAGGAUCUGGGCUUAGCAAAGCAAGCUGCGAUAGGAUUAAAACUGUGGGCCUUUUUCUCAUUGUGCAGCACGUUUCCAAUAGCGCACCCAUUCCUUCUAGCGGAUAAUCGACAUUUGACCUUCUACAUCUGGCGGCGCGCGUUCGGUGUACCAGUAAUUCGCAUUGUCGCCUGUCCAUUUUUAGCUACCAUCAGCGUGUUCACCUACGCGGUGGAUUGGUGGAGGGGUCCUAUCGACGUUUCAGUCGUAGAGGACACCGAUACAGCUGCACGAGACACUGCUCCUGCGUCGACAAAGCAGACAAUAACAACAGCUACGACCAUGUCCUCUUGUAUCAGUGCGGAAUAUUGGACUUUCGCUGCGGUCUUUUGUUUGUGCUCUGGGCUUUCUCUAGCGGCACUCCCUCUGUUUGAGUUGCGGUAUUUCCUAGUACCGCUUUUGGUUUUGGUGUUGUUCCGACCUCUAGAGGCGCCAAGGAUCGAAGCAGUGGGGCUGGUGCUCCAAAUUGUACUUAAUGUCAUUGUGUGGGGAGUCUUUCUGGGAAAGUCGUUCGAAAAUGAACGAGCAUGGGGACCAGGGCUGCAACGGAUAAUGUUGUAGCUGACCGCAUGCAGCCACAAUGUCACUUCGCUUCCUGGAGAUGAAGAUCAAAAUGAGGAUUAUGAAUUGUGCGGACACGAUCGAGACUGACUAGGUCUACCAUCUACGUGAUCUACCACAAUGUGGCCUGGGUUGG